AUGGAAUCAAAUGUUGCAGGAAAUGCGACAUCUACUAGAGCAACAAGAUUUAUGAUGGAAGGCGUUGGAGCCCGUGUAAUAAGGGGGCCUGACUGGAAGUGGGGCAAGCAGGAUGGUGGUGAGGGUCAUGUUGGAACGGUGCGAAACUUUGAGUCUCCUGAAGAAGUUGUUGUUGUUUGGGACAACGGAACUGCUGCAAACUAUCGAUGUUCCGGUGCAUACGACUUACGAAUCUUAGAUAGCGCUCCAACAGGUGUCAAACACGAUGGUACCAUGUGUGAUACAUGUCGUCAGCAACCAAUUUUCGGUAUUCGCUGGAAAUGUGCUGAAUGUGUUAACUACGAUCUGUGCUCUGUCUGUUAUCAUGGUGAUAAACAUAAUUUGAGACACAGAUUCUACCGUGUAAGUGCACCAGGUGCGGAAAGAUGUCUUGUUGAACCUCGAAGAAAAAGUAAAAAGCAAGCUGUUAAAGGUAUUUUUCCUGGAGCCAGAGUUGUUAGAGGGGUUGAUUGGCAAUGGGAAGAUCAAGAUGGGGGAAAUGGCAGGCGUGGAAAAGUAAAUGAGGUACAAGACUGGUCAGCAGCUAGUCCACGUUCAGCUGCAUAUGUAGUAUGGGAUAAUGGAACAAAAAAUCUCUAUAGGGUUGGAUUCCAAGGGAUGGCCGAUUUAAAAGUGGUAAAUGAUGUAAAAGGGCAAAAUGUAUAUAAGGAGCAUUUGCCACUCUUAGGAGAACUAGGACCUGGAAAUUCUGGUCCACAUGGCUUACAAAUAGGUGAUCAAGUGACUAUCAAUUUGGAUUUAGAAAUAGUAAGAUCAUUGCAAGUUGGCCAUGGUGGUUGGAUAGAUGCUAUGAUUGAAAGUUUAAACACAACCGGAACUGUUGUGGGUAUUGAUGAAGAUCACGAUAUUGUAGUCACUUACCCAAGUGGAAACAGAUGGACAUUCAAUCUGGCUGUGUUAACUAAGGUGUCCGGCGCAAGUGUAAGUCCUUCUACGUCAACAAUGACUCCAAACUCGAGUAGUGUCUUUGCAGUUGGUGACAUUGUCCAAGUUUGUUCUGACAAAGAGCGAGUCAAAGCGUUACAGCGCGGACAUGGAGAAUGGGCGGAGACCAUGGAUUUUACGCUGGGGAAAGUUGGACGUGUCCAGCAAAUAUAUCACGACAAUGACCUUAAAGUAGAAGUCUGCAAUAUGACUUGGACGUAUAAUCCAAAUGCCGUUACGAAACUUGCAUCAUCCAACGGAAGCUUUUCUGAUAAUUCUCCUGGUGAGCGACUCUCAAUGAUAUUAAAACGCCUAUUUGAGUGCCACGGUAGUGCCAACGAAGAGUUGGUAAAGGCAGCUGCUAACGGAGACGCUGCACGUUGCGCUGACAUUCUCAACGGGUCAGAUGCUGCUCAGGCUGAUGUUAAUGGAGUGUCUGCGGGCCAUACAGCAUUACAGGCAGCUGCCCAAAACGGCCACGUAGAAGUGAUCCAAAAGCUGGUGGAAGCUGGAGCUGAAACGGAUGCGGAAGACCGUGAUGGGGAUCGGGCGGCUCACCACGCGGCGUUUGGCGAUGAACCAGCGGCGCUAAGGGCGCUUGCUACAGCCGGAGCUGACCUUAAUGCCAGAAACCGACGUCGACAGACACCGCUUCAUAUUGCCGUGAAUAAAGGCCACCUUGGAGUAGUGAGGACGCUGUUACAACUGAGCGUGCACCCUAGUUUACAGGAUUCUGACGGAGAUACACCGUUACACGAUGCUAUAUCAAAGAAACGCGACGACAUAUUGACUUUGCUGUUGGACCACGGAGCGGACAUGACACUCACGAACAAUAAUGGCUUCAACGCUCUGCACCACGCCGCGCUUCGCGGAAAUCCCAGGUACUCUAUUAAUGUAUCUUAA